AUGGUGUACGCCCGCGAGUUGCAGCAGGGGUUGUUCAGCACGGCGUCGAUGCGGGACAAGUUUCGAGCGGUUAGCCGUCAGUGGCAUCGUUUGUUGGAGUUCCAGGACAGCGAGGAGGGUGGGGUGAUGGCGGCAAUUCGGCGGAAGCGGGCGCCGUAUGACACGGAGCGAGAGCACAACCAGAUGCAGCGGUUCAGACGGUUGCAGCAGGUCGACAUCGCCGGUCAGUUACGGCAGAUGAUGGGGCCGUCGGCGACAUUCCGGGGACAGCAGGAGGCGGUGAUCCGGGCCAUCAUACGGGGUGAGAGUCCCAUCAUCCAGGUCGCGGGCACAGGCGAGGGCAAGAGCAUGUCGUUUUUAUUGCCUGCGUAUUGCGCCAACGACAACGGCGGGACGACGAUUGUGAUUGUACCGUUGAUAUCGUUGCGGGAUGAUUUGCAUGGGCGUUGCGAGAAGAGCGAAAUCGGGACGUACAUUUGGAACAGCCGCGAAGGGCACCAGAUGGCCCCGAUCGUGUUUGUGACGCCCGAGUCAGCCGUGACAAAGGGAUUUAGCGAUUUCGUUAAUCGGUUGCAGGCGCGAAGUGCAUUAGAUCGGGUUGUGAUAGACGAGUGCCACACGAUGUUGGACAGCACGCACCGAUUCCGGCCGCAGAUGAUGGAGUUGGGCCAGGUGUUAAACGAAUGGGGCGUUCAGAAGGUAUUUUUGACGGCAGCAUUACCGCCCAGCGAGGUCGAGAGGUUUUGUGAGGUCGUCAAGUUGCCAGUUAACCGUGUCAAGAUAUACCGAUCGCGAACGUCGAGGUCAAACAUCCGGUACAGGGUAAUCGAAGUACAGCCAACACCGCCGAGGCAUCAGCAUCAGGACAAUAACAGCCAGCAAGCAGGGCCCGAGGAAGAGGCAGAGGAUAUCCAGACGGUCAAGACGGUACGGGAUUGGUUGCAUCAGCACAACAACGGGCGAGUCAUCGUAUACGCCUAA